GUAAGAUGGCGGCGCCCAUGGAAGUGGCCGUGUGUACUGAUUCGUCUGCCCCGCUGUGGAGCUGCGUCGUGUGGGAGCUGCACUCGGGCGCUAAUCUUCUCACGUACCGCGGCGGCCAGGCUGGGCCCCAUGGUCUGGCGCUGCUCAAUGGCGAGUACCUGCUGGCGGCGCAGCUGGGCAAGAACUAUAUCAGCGCUUGGGAGCUACAGCGGAAGGACCAGCUCCAGCAGAAGAUCAUGUGCCCUGGACCUGUCACCUGUCUGACCACGUCGCCCAAUGGCCUGUACAUGCUGGCAGGGAUUGCAGAGAGUAUAUACCUGUGGGAGGUCUCCACAGGGAACCUCCUGGUCAUCCUGAGCCGCCACUACCAGGACAUCUCCUGCUUGCAGUUCACAGGGGAUAGCAGCCACUUCCUCUCGGGUGGCAAGGACUGCCUGGUGCUGGUGUGGAGCCUGUGCAGCGUGCUGCAGGUGGAUUCCUCCAGGACCCCAGCCCCCCGGCAUGUCUGGUCCCGCCACACCCUUCCCAUCACAGACCUGCACUGUGGCUUUGGGGGGCCCCUAGCCCGGGUGGCCACGGCCUCACUAGACCAGACAGUGAAGCUGUGGGAGAUCUCCUCAGGCGAGCUGCUGCUCUCUGUCCUCUUUGACGUGGGUAUUAUGGCUGUGACCAUGGACCUGGCUGAGCAUCACAUGUUCUGCGGUGGCAGUGAGGGCUCCAUCUUCCAGGUCGAUCUCUGCACCUGGCCUGGACAGAGAGAGAAGAGCUUCCAGCCAGAACAGGACAGUGGGAAGGUGUUCAAAGGCCACAGGAACCAGGUGACUUGCCUGUCAGUGUCUACUGAUGGCAGUGUGCUGCUCUCUGGCUCACAUGACGAGACCGUGCGCCUCUGGGACAUCCAGAGCAAGCAGUGCAUCAGGACAGUGACCCUCAAAGGCCCUGUGACCAACGCCUUCAUUAUGCUGGCGCCAGUCAGCAUGCUGAGCUCCGACUUCAGGCCCAGCCUGCCCUUGCCGCACUUCAACAAGCACCUGCUAGGCGCUGAGCAUGGGGACGAGCAGCACCGUGGGGGCCUUACGCUGCGCCUGGGCCUCCACCAGCAGGGCUCAGAGCCCAGCUACCUGGAGCGAGCAGAGCAGCUGCACAGGGUCAUGUGCAGCACUAUGGAAAAGAACGUGCUGGGUGGCCAGGAUCAGUUGCGAAUCAGAAUCACGGAAUUAGAAGAUGAGGUGCAGAACCUGCGCAAGAUCAAUCGCGACCUGUUUGACUUCUCCACCCGCAUAAUCACCCGGCCUGCCAAGUGAGUGCAGGGGCCCAGACCACCACCCAUGGACAGGCCUACAGGGCCGCCCUCCCUGGGGCUGCUGGGCCGAAGCCCCCGGACCAGCCGCACUGUCCUAAGCUCGCCUUCCCCUGGUUCUGUUCGGAUUGUCACCUAUGUGAGGAGUCAUUUUGUCUCUGUUCAUCCAACUGGUGUCUGUUGUGUCCAGUUGGUGCUGUUUUGUUUUUAACAAAAGACCUAAAAACCUGUCCUCUUCAGUCCUCCAUGUGUGCUGAGGGCUAGUCCAGGUCCCAGGCUGGAUUCUAGGACCCUCGACACAGGGCAUCAGGUCUAACUUAAAAAUCUAGUGUUGAGAAGCUGUGUUUCUCAGAUUUUUCUGAUACUCAUUUGUCACCCCAGUGUCUCUGCAAAACCCUCUGUGGGAGGGGACUGGGGGAGGAAGCCUCAGCUGCAGGCCGAGGUUACCACAGGUGGCUGUGCUUUAGGGAGAGCAGUGUGGUCACACUGGUCACAGUCUAAUGGGCACCAAGGGUCCCCGCAACCUUAGUCAAGGCAAGGGCUUUGAAGUAGCAGCCAGUUCCGGGCCAGGGUCCCCUGGAGGGACAGGUACCCAGGGCCACUUGACCAGAACAUUUUUGUCGGUGUCAAGGGCCCAAGGCACGCCAGGUGUCCCCACUGCCUUGGGGACACUGCCAAUCCAGUCAGCACCUGGAGACCAGCCCAGAAAUGUGGGCCCCAAGGCUGCCCUCAACCUUCCAGAAAGCUACCCCCCACUGGCAGUCCUGCCUAAUGAUACUGAAAACCCACAUAAUUUAUCAGGUGUCAUCAUAGCUGAAGCUGUGAGCCAGCAGCCAGCACUGAGUUCAUGCUUUUAGGCUAAUUGGAGUUCUCUGUCCCUGGAGCUCUCUGUCCUCGCAAGCAAGUGACCCAGCCACACACUGCAGCAGGAUUCCCGGGGACAGGACUGGGCACACCCUCCACCCACCCCUACGGCCCUCGCCUUCCGCUUUUCCCCUGCCCGGGGAUCUUGGACAGGAUGAUACUUGGGACUGUCCUGUUUUGGCCAGGUAGGGGGGCUAACUGAUUGGUAAGGACUACAUCAUCGUCCCCCUCACACACAUAGUGGGGUCUGUAGCAGCCAGGCAGCAAAACUGGGAUCAUGGAACUUGUUAUACGGAGGUUUCAGGAGACGGAAGAUGCCUUCAAGAUGGGUUCAGGCUUCCCGAGGUGCCUCAUCUGCCAGGGCCUGAGACCCUAUGGGUCCUAAUCCUCAGCAGGCCACCCCAGCCUGUCCGCAUUACCCGCCAGCCCUCUGCGCCCUCUGCUGUUCGCUCUGUAGGAGACCUCGGGCUGGUUCUGAUCUUGGUACUGCUGCCCACGUCCGCGUCUGGUCAGUCCCAGACAGAGCCGGCAGGUUGCCAUGAGAGGUGCUGACAGUACCAGCCUCUGGCUGGC